AUUAGUAUCUCUUAACUUUAGUAUCUCUUAAAUAUCCGCAUUAAUAUAGGUAAUAAGAACGAUUACACACACUCUGACUACGCACGGAAACGCCCACCCUCUCUUCAACAACCUAACUACUAUAAUCACCCCAAUUACUAAUGAUUUAUUGGCGUUGCUACACAUUACCCCUUCCAUGGCUUAAGGACGCGGACAUCGGCCUCGGUCCCUUUGGCAUGUCCUACACCAGGAGCAAAGUGGUCGACUUCACCGUCCCCGUCUUCCUCGAGAUGCUCCACGUCUUGGUCACGAGGCCCUUGCCACAGCCCGACCCCUGGGGCUUCCUGGCGCCAUUCACAUGGUACGUGUGGGUUGGCAUGCUCAUCUCCGUCGUGGCCGUGAUGCUGACGAGUGCCCUGGUGGUACGCGCGCUCGGCCGGGGAGGACCAACAUCCGUUGCACACCACAUCUGGGCUUACUACAGCAUCACCUUUUCCCAGACGGUGCCCUCACCUCCCUGUUGGCUGUGAAGACCAUAGAGCUGAAGUACGACUCCCUGCAGGACGUGCUGGACGACAAGGGCCUCACGCUCAUCAUGGAGGGCUCCACGGCGCUCACGACCCACCUCAAGACCGUGAGGGACGGCGUGUACAGGGAGCUAGCUGAGGCGUCUCGAGUGAGGGCGAAGUACGUGAGGGCGAGCGAGAUGGACGUGGCGGCCUACAACUUCCUUCCCGAUGGACGACACGCCAUCCUGGUCGAAGAAGUUGUGUGCAGGAAGAUAUACUCGGAUCACUUCAGCCAGACGGGGAAAUGUAGCUUCUACAUGUCCACGGGCAAUUUCUGGAGAUUAAUUUACGCCAUGAUUGUGAAGCCGAAAAGUCCCCUUCGCGACCUCAUUGAUGCAAGGAUCCUGGCCCUUCGAGAGUUUGGCAUCUACGACAGGUGGGCUGGAGAUCAGAUGCCCAAUAUGACCCACUGCAUGAAGACGCCGACGAAAAUCAAGCUGCAUGCACCUUAUUCUCUGGCUGAUCUCUGGGCCGUGUUCCUCCUCCUGGGCGGCGGAAUGACCCUGGCCACUCUCGCCUUCCUUUGUGAGGUUUCAUUCAAAAGGGGAGCCGGCUGCUACGACCCGGAUUUGUAGUCCGGUAACGGCGCUCAAACCCGAACAGAUUAUUGUGUGAAUUAAAGGCUUAACUGCAUUUUUUCUUUGUUCCUUUUUCU